AUGGAAGACGAACUAGAAGCUGCUAAAGCCUGUCGAAAGAAUGCUUCAAAUGUAUGCAGUUCCACUGUACAUAUUGUGGCUCAUAUUGCUCCCGCCCCCCCCCCGGGAGAUUCAUCCGGAGCCAGUGUACAGUUCGCGCUCAUGACACCAGCAGUGACUCCGUGGUUUUCCAGUUUGGAUGGUGCAGGAGCGAAUAAUCCGGCGUUCAGAUUGUAUUUCACCGAUGACAAUGGAGUAAUCAACGAUUUCGAAACUUACUAUAUAAAUCUGACCACUCUGAACAAUGACGGAAGUAAAACUAAAUUUGUCAAAGAAUAUUCCUUCAAAGAAUCUACAAUGUAA